AUGUUAGAAAAAGUCUUAUCAAAAUCUAAGAUGUCAGAACCUUCGGGAUUUGGGAAAUAUUAUCUUUUAAGUUAUAAUAUUGUUCAGACAUUAGGGUGGGUUUAUUUAUUAUGGCAGUCUUUGGAGCACUUUUUAAAUCGUGGUACCCUAGACACAUAUUGGUCUGUUAUAAAAUGGACUGUUAUAAUUUUCCAAAAUGCAGCAGUUUUAGAGGUAUUACAUGCAGCUUUAAAAUUAGUUCCAUCUAGUGUGUUCGUAGUUCUUAUGCAAGUGUAUUCCCGCGUGUUCUUAGUUUGCGGGGCUUUAUUGGCGACGAAUGGUGCUACGAUUAGCCCUGGUCUACCCCUCUGCAUACUUGCUUGGUCUAUCACUGAAAUUAUUCGAUAUGCUUACUAUGCACUUAAUUUAAUAAAUGUAGUGCCCCAAUCUCUACUAUUUUUAAGAUAUUCGACAUUUCUGGUAUUGUACCCACUUGGAAUAACAGGAGAGCUCCUUUGUAUGUACCAUUCCCUUGAUGAAAUUGCUGAAAAGAAACUGUUUACUGUCUCUAUGCCAAAUUCCUGGAAUUUCAUUUUUAACUAUUACUAUUUUCUAAUAUUCUAUAUGCUAUUGUACAUUCCAUUAUUCCCAGUGUUAUUUGGACAUAUGUUGAAACAGAGAAAUAAAAUGCUUAGUGAGGAAUCUAAGAAAGUUAAAUAA